AUGGCGCCAAAGAAGAUCCCGAUCGAAAGUCGACCCAUAUACGAACGUGCCGACUGGACACGGGAUAGAGACAAGCUCGACCGACGAGUCCGCCGAUGGAGAUUGAAGGAAUGGUACGAUGGAAAGGCGGAACACUUUGCCUUGUCAAAGCCCAGAAUUGAGCCGCCUGGGACUCGGGAGGAUGAUUUUUGGGAGUGUACAGACAUGCUAGGCCGUGGGUCAUUCGGGAUGGUCGGGAAAUGGACCAAGUUCGACAACCGAGGAAGUGCUAUUGAUACCGUGGCCAUCAAACAAGCUGACUUCGACAGAGAGCUCGACAUCGACCGGCAUGGGAGCAUUAGCAUACCUUGGGAAGCGCGGACAAUGCUGGAAUUGUACGAGCAAGGAUGCGACAACGUUACAAGGUUGCGAGGCUUGAAGCUCUUCGAGUCGGACCAUUCCACCGCAAACAAGUGGAGAUACUACAUCCAGUACUACAGGUACGGGACGCUGCAUGGCUUGAUCAGCAAUUAUAAAGAGGGCAAUCGGAGACAUCCUGGAAGGGAAGAACGUAUCCCCGAAGCCUUCAUAUGGCAGGCUUUCCACGACUUCGCGAAAACGGCACAUCACAUGCGCACCGUACACUUUGACGAGCGCGUCGCGCCGCCAGGAAGGGAUCAUUACGUGCUGCAUUUGGAUCUGAAGCAUGAGAAUGUUUUGUUGGGCGAUGCACCUGCCGACAAAAGUUUCAUGACAUACCCGGCCAUAAAAGUGGGAGACUGGGGCAUGGCCGCGUGCACGAACUUGCAGGAUCCCGAUAACAGUCGAAUAUGGAGGGGCCGUGGCACGAUUGUCUGGUUUCCACCCGAACAGCGCAACUUUGGCCGUUACGGCUCAAACUGGCGCUACCCAAUCCUGGGCCCUUCCAAUGCACCCUUCGGCAUGAGCCACGUGAUAUGGCAAAUCGGUGCAAACAUUUACGGGUUGAUGAACCUGAACCAGCACAACGAGGAACUCGACGAGCAAGUCAAUCGGCAUGAAAAGAUGGAGGCGGAGCUUCGGCGGGGCGGGUACUCCAUGUUCGAAGAGCUCAGGAGCAGAGUGUACAGCUCCGAGUUGGCGGCGCUGGUGGAAGAUUGCCUCCGGCUGGAUCCUCAACGGAGGCCGGGCGUCAGAGAAUUGGUCAGGCGGACGGAGCAUGGCUUGAAGCCGUACCUCGAAAGGUGGAUGAGAACGGGGCAGUGCCCGUCAUUGAAAGUCAAGAUCGUGUGA